AUCUCUAUCCUUGUUACCAACACCCACACACCAAACAGAAGCCCUUCUUCACGAAUUUAACGUCGUGCUCCACUGCUCUGUUGUUGCAACAGCACGCCGCCGACUCUGUUUAUCCCCACUGAUUUCGCAUUCAGUUCAAGUUCAAUUUUCGCAAUGUCACACGCCCUGACGAUGAUGGUUCAGUCGCCGGCGUGUUUCGCCGCGAAGAAAAAGUCACCACCUCCGCCACCGCCUAAAACCCAACGGCAGAAAUCCGCCACCCAUGGGUUCGGCGGCGAGAAGAAAACUCCCGUGUGGCAAUGCGUGGAGAAGUGCGGCGCAUGCUGCAAACUCGACAAGGGCCCCACUUUUCCUUCCCCUGAAGAAAUAUUCGACGACCCUUCUGAUGUCGAGCACUACAAUAGCUUGGUUGGCCAAGAUGGGUGGUGCAUACACUAUGAUAAGAGCUCUAGAAAAUGUUCGAUAUAUGCUGAUCGUCCAUAUUUUUGCCGAGUUGAGCCAGAGAUUUUUCAUAGAUUAUACGGGAUUGACAAGAAAAGAUUCAACAAAGAAGCAUGCAGUUGUUGUGCAGACACUAUUAAGACUGUGUACGGAACAAAUUCACAAGAGUUAGAGAAGUUCAACAAUGCAAUAUGGAGCAAAAGUUCUAAAUGAAAGGAUCUUGCACGGAAAGAAUUUGGAACGAAGUUGUUAUUAGAUUGUUACCAUAUGAGAAGUGGAGCAGCGGAAGACAUACUUUUUUUUAUAACUAGUAGUCUCUUGCAGUUCCUGUUUUCUGCCACAAAGAGCUCAUUGAAGAUUGUCUUAUGAAGAGGCGUAAUCGUCUGCUAUGACAUACUGUAUCCAUGCUAAUUAACUACGACGAGCUGAUGACAAGUCAUAUCAUCUGGUGUUCUUCAAACAAGCGAAAGAGACGAAGCAUUGCUAAAGCAUCCACUCUAUGAUGUGCCCCGGAACGAAGAAUUGAAAUGUAUUCAUCUUGUGUGCACUGGAAUUCAUUCUCAGUAGGUUAUAACACGGUGCAGUACCAUGUACAUUUUGUGCGGUAGAGAAGAUGAUAUAUGAUAAACAAAAAAGGAAAAGAAAAAGGAAUCAUUUGUUGGUGACUUGUUGCUACUGAAUCUCUUCAUCUUUACAUUGGCAGUUUGAUAAUA